AAAACCUACAGUUGUGAUGAGUGUGGGAAGGAUUUUACCCAGGCUGGAAGCCUAAAAACACACCAACUCAUCCACAGUGGAGUUAAACCUUACAGCUGUGACUUGUGUGGAAAGUCUUUUACCCAGGCUGGACACUUGAAAAAACACCAACUCAUCCACAGUGGAGUUAAACCUUACAGCUGUGACUUGUGUGGAAAGUCUUUUACCGAGGCUGGACACUUGAAAAAACACCAACUCAUCCACAGUGGAGUUAAACCUUACAGCUGUGACUUGUGUGGAAAGUCUUUUACCCAGGCUGGACACUUGAAAAAACACCAACUCAUCCACAGUGGAGUUAAACCUUACAGCUGUAAUGUGUGUGGAAAGUCAUUUACACAGGUUGGACACUUGAAAAAACACCAACUCAUCCACAGUGGAGUUAAACCUUACAGCUGUGAGUUGUGUGGAAAGUCUUUUACCCGGGCUGGAAACUUAAAAAGACACCAACUCAUCCACAGUGGAUUUAAACCUUACAGCUGUGAGUUGUGUGGAAAGUCUUUUACCGAGGCUGGAGGCUUAAAAACACACCAACUCAUCCACAGUGGAUUUAAACCUUACAGCUGUGAGUUGUGUGGAAAGUCUUUUACCCGGGCUGGAAACUUAAAAAGACACCAACUCAUCCACAGUGGAUUUAAACCUUACAGCUGUGAGUUGUGUGGAAAGUCUUUUACCCAGGCUCAAACCUUAAGAAAACACCAACUCAUCCACAGUGGAGUUAAAUCUUACAGCUGUGAAUUGUGUGGUAAGGCUUUUGCUCUAAAUAGCGACUUACAGAGGCAUCUAGUUACCCACUCUGGAAUUAAGGCGUACAGCUGCGACUUUUGUGGAAAAAGUUUCAGCAACAAACACUACCGAAAUAUUCACCUGCGGAUUCACACUGGAAAUGAUGUUUACUGCUGUGAUCAGUGUGGGAAACCAUUUACAACAGAUUCACAGUUACAACAACACAUGUUUAGCCACACUGAGGAGAGACCUUAUAAAUGUGACCUGUGUGAGAAGACUUUUAAAGCUCCACAUCAGCUGAAAAAACACCAACAGAUCCACACCAGAAAGUAACUCUAGAAGUGCAGUUACUGUGAGGAUGUAUUUAUCUUUAUCUUGUAAUUUUAACCUGAUUGUUUGGAAAAAGUCUGAUCAGUAAACUUAUGGAGUUAUACUGAAUGAACUGUUUGGAAAAAUGAAGACUCAUUUUCGCUCAGUAAGCUGAGUGUUAUAAUGUAAACAGUAAAACGUAA